GCUUUUGUAUCUUUGCAAGCGCCGUUAGGAGCAGAGCGGCCUAGCGUCUUACGUGAAAAAGUUAAAUUUGUGAAGAGAUUAGAAACAAGACAUUGAAAAAUUACAGACUGUCUCAAACCAAAAUAGUUUCGCUCACAAAUUAAACAACAACUCAAGUAACUAGCAACAAGCAGCAGCAAACUAAAAAACGGAUAAGAAACAUAAAGAACGCGCACGCAGUCGCUGUGAAUAGCAGGACGACAACGCGAGGGUCGCAAAGCAACCACAACAACAACAACUGGAACGGAACUACGACAACAACAAUUACAACCAACACAAUUCAAAAUGGCGCCCACCAAAGGUACCACUCGCACUGCUGCAGCAAAUAACCAAGCUAUACUAUCCAUUGCGGGCGGCUUGCGGGCCAAAGGGCUGACGACGCGUCGCGCAGCCGCCGCCAAUCAUAAUAUUGAUGCAAAUGUGGAGAAUAUGCAGACGCGCGGUAAACGCAAGGCCGACAACAGCCCCAUAAAGAAUGAUAAGAUCAAGCGUUCCGCGCUCGGCAAUUUGACCAAUAAUGUUAAGGUAAUGACGCUGCAUCCCAACGACGACGAUGCCAAGCAGCAGCAGCCCAAGAAGCCGACGGCACGACAACUGCAGGCGCUCGUGGAUGCGAAGAAUAAUGACAAACUUAGUGUAUUGGCGCCAGCUAAUGGCCCCAUUGUGAUUAAAGCGCCAUCUACCGCUAAUUUGCAGCCAGCUGAUCUUGUGCCCAUUGUGCUAUCAACAUCACAAUUGACAAAAACAGCACUAGCUGCUGCAGCAGCAGCAGCUGGAGUAACAACGACUACAAACAAAAUAAUGACGCGCGCUGCAUCCAAAUUGGAUGAUCAUCAGGUUGAUCCCGCUGAACAGCUGGAGAAGUAUCAUCGCCUGCUAGACAAGUGGGAGGAGGCCAGCAAACGUCGCAUUCCCCAUGCAGCCCCUAUGCCCGUGCUGCCAGUACAAGCCAAACAACAGCAUCAGCAGCAGGAACAACAGAAGCAGCAACAACAGCCAAAGUUGCCCGCUCCGCCGCCGCCAACAAAUGCUGUGAAGCCGACGCGUCGCAUCUCGAAUGAUUUCAAUAAGACUGAGGAAAGCUUGUAUAUGUCCGCCUUGGAGGAUGUGUCCAGCUGCGAAUCGAUGCGCCUGUCUGGCAACUUUGAGGCAGUGCGUCGUCGUUCUGCCAAAUUGCAGCAACAACAAAAGACUGAACAACAACAGCUAACCAACAAAUCGCCCACUGAGGAGGCGGUGCUCAAGGCCUCGGCUGCUGCGGCUAUGGUGGCCAUUCAAGCCCCGGUGCCGGAGGAUGUGGAGGACUUUGAUCGCAAGAACUGGGAUGAUCCAUUCCAGGUGUCGCACUAUGCCAUGGACAUCUUCAACUAUUUGAAGCUGCGCGAACCCGAAUUUCUCAUUGAGGAUUAUAUGCCAAAGCAGAUACAUUUGACGGCCUGGAUGCGCACCCUGCUCGUCGAUUGGAUGGUUGAGGUGCAGGAGACAUUCGAGCUGAAUCAUGAGACAUUGUAUCUGGCUGUGAAGAUCGUGGAUUUGUAUUUGUGCCGCCAAGUUAUCAACAAGGAGAAACUGCAGCUUCUGGGCGCCGCUGCCUUUUUUAUUGCCUGCAAAUACGACGAGCGUCAACCGCCGCUGAUCGAGGACUUUUUGUACAUUUGCGACAAUGCGUACAAUCAUGAUGAACUGGUGCGCAUGGAGAUGGAAACGUUGCGCAUCAUCGACUAUGAUCUCGGCAUUCCGUUGUCGUAUCGCUUCUUGCGUCGCUACGCUCGCUGUGCCAAGGUGCCGAUGCCCACUUUGACUCUGGCUCGCUACAUUCUGGAGUUGUCGCUGAUGGAUUAUGCCACCGUUAGCUUCAGUGAUUCGCAGAUGGCGUGCGCUGCUCUUUUCAUGGCCUUGAGGAUGCAUGGCGGCGAGGCCAAUCUUGAGGCGGAGACUUGGACGCCAACAUUGGUCUAUUACACGGGCUAUGAGUUGGCUCAGUUUGCGGAAUUGGUGCCGGUGUUAAAUGCAGGACUGCAUCGCAAGCCGCGCACCACCAUCAAGACGAUACGGAACAAGUAUUCGCACAAGAUAUUCCAUGAGGUGGCCCGUGUUCCGCUGCUCAGCAAUGCGCAGAUGUUUCAAAACAAUCUCGAUCUGAAUACGUCUCUCUGAUCAAGAUCGCGAGCAAAUUAGCCAAAUUCAUAUAUGAAAAACUAAAAGAAAACCACAAAAAAAUACAAAUGAUGAGCUAAAAAAAUGUUACGCUUCACUUAGACAUUUAAGAUACUUAAAUUUUCCACUUAAAACCCAUCUUUGGACACACAUAAUCAUAAUCAUAAUCCUCCCCAAAACCCAGAACAAAACUAACUAAACUGUUCAUCAUUACCAUGGACUAAUUUCAUUUUUAUUUGUAUUUAACGAUUUAAUUUUAUUUUAUUUCGCAUUAUGUUUGACUUUAUUCAUUGAAAAAUUUCCUGUUUAUUUUUUUCAUGCAAUUCAAUCAUUUAUGUUUAUUGUUUACGCUUUUAAACACAUUCAUCUCCCCCCAUCCAACUCCAUCAUUGAACAACUGUCAAUCUUAAGUUACCACGCAUACACAUAUACAUAUACAUAUAUAUAAAUAUAUUUUUGAUUAAAUGUAAUGCUAAUUUAUAAUCUGAACAACUAAACAUUUAAUAAAACUAACGUAUAUAUACUUUAA